CGCGUGCAAUUAUUUAAAAAUAACUGAAAACAUUGAUAAAAACGCUAAGUUGACAACGCUGGCACUGUGUAAACUUUACAAUUAUAAUACUGGCAACACUGGCCACAAGUCAAAAAAUAAAUAUUUUCUACUGAUUUCGCGGAAUUUUUUUAAAAGAGUAACAAUUAUUAAAAAAAAAACACUUUAAUAAAUUAAAAUAUAAAAAAGGAAAUCUAUGUAUUGUCUUAAUUGAAAUGGGUGAAAAUGCGUCAUUUACAAUGUUUGUGGAAAUAAACAGCCAGCGCAUUCCUUUGCAUAUUGGACAAUGGUAUUUGUUGGGCAAACAAAUAAAUGGCAGCGAAAGUAAAGCAAAUAAUUUCAUUAAGUUGGAUGAUGGGGAAGAUGUCGAACAAAAACAUUGCAUCAUUUAUGUUGGGCACACUGAGGAGGUAUUCGUUUUCGAUUUAUUUAGCUCAAAGGGGACUUUAGUGAAUAAUACUGCGUUGAAGGGUUCGGAAAUGUUGCGUUUAAAAAAUGGAGAUAUUGUGAAAGUGGGCAACAAGGAAAUUAAAUAUAUCCAUGAUCAACGGGAAAUGUCUCAUGACAGCAGCGGUUUUCUAGAUGACAACAAAAAUACCUCCGAUAUUAUAGCUUCUAGUCCAGAUUCCACCUCACAACACGAGAGUCGUGUCAAACGUGCAAAUUAUAACAAUUUCUUGGUGCCAUCGAUACCACCUAAAAAAUCUGUUACACCCAAUACUAGUUUCGUUAUAGCUGAAACUGAAGCCACCAACACCAGUAGAAACUCUUUAAAUUCGUCAUCUAAUUCAUUAAACUCAACUAAUCGUCGUAGUGAUAGCUUUACUAUACCAGAAACCCAGUAUUGUGGUGGACCACGUAGCUCCUUAAAUGCCUCGGAUCUUUCUGUAGCAGAGAGUACUCCAGAUGUCAGUGGAAAUAAAAUAAAAUUCAAUUUCGGUAAUCUAGAUGAUUUAGAAGAUGAUGAUGAGGAUUUCUGUAUACCAGAAACACAAGAAUUAUUGCCGGUGGCAGGCAUAACAAGCAGCCAAAGACCACGUAUAUUGUCAGAUGGUCAAUUCCAAGACAAGAGUAUUUUGCUUGAAGAAUCUAAAAAUGAAGCAGAAGACACCAACAAUGUUGAUGGCAGUCAAUUUCGUAUCUGUACUCAAGAUUACAAUGAAGGUUUUGGCGAAGAAGCUAAUCAGUCUGAAUAUUCUCAAAUCAUACCCUUGAUAAAACACCCUCUGGUCAUUUUGAAUAAUAGCGCAAAAUCAAGCAAGAACAAUUCAAGGAAUCAGUCUAAAACGGAAGAGGAUGAAAAAGAGAUGUCGGCAUUGAAAUGGUCCAACUCAAAGUUGGAUCAAGAAACCACAGCAUUAAGAGCAGAUUGUUCUACGCCGGAUAUAUUGGAUUUUGAGGAAUUACAACAAGAGGCUACGUCUAUGAAAGCAAACACUGAAAAAUCUGCAAACAAAUCUAACAUUGAACCACCACCCAAUUUGCUGGACGAAGAUGAUGAAGAUUUAUUACCAACACAAGUUUUUCUUCCUUCAGCACCCAUUCAGAAACCUACAAAGAAGAAUAGUUUUAUUGUGCCGGAAAAAGAUUGUGUGGUAAAGGAAAAUGAAGAGAUUUUAACUUUGAGUGAUAAAGAAAAUAGAUGUCCGGUUACUUUGGAGCCUCUAACAGAUUUCCCCCCCACUCAGCUAUUUGCCACAGAUGAAGUUCCCACAGCCCGAUCUACCACUUCUAGUACCUCUCGUAACAGUUUAACAGCGCCUGCAGUUGAAAAUAAGAAUAACUCCAAGUCUUUGCAUAACCUAGAUCCCGAUGAGGAAGAUGAUAUGUUAACUCAAGCCUUUCUGCAGCCUACCAAUCUUCCCUCUACCUCUAACCAUAAAAAUAUACCAGUAAAAUGUUUUAACUCUACUGUUUUAGAAGAUAAAUUUAUGUCUAAAAAUCCAGCCACCUUUUUCGCCGAAAUGGAGAAAACCCCCUUAAAACAAAACGCUUCUUUAGUCACAAAUUUUAAAAUGCCCGACAAAGAUUUCACAGUUUUAAGGAAAACCUCUUCAGCUACCAGUACCACGGAAUCGGAUGUGGAUUUGCUUAUGUGCACGCCUCAAUUAAUAAAAGAACACAUACAUAUGGACAAAGGUGAAGAUUUGAAGAAAAAUAUUUUAGCUUUGUUUGGCGAUGAUAGCGAUGCUGAGGAAAGUGAAGAGGAAAGUGAAGGUGAUUUGGUUAAAUUAAUAAAUAUACCUAAAGAUACGUUAGAUUUUGAUAAAUUGCUACCGCACUUAAACAAAAAACCAAAAAGAAGCAAAAUAAGUGAAGAAGCAACAGCGGCCAAAGAAGCUCAAAAAUUACAUAAAUUUAAUAUUUUUUUGGGCAAUGAACAAGAUGAAAAGCGUACAAAAUCUGAUCACUCCCGAUCAACCACACUCAGUCGUGAUGAAAGACAUAUGGCCAGAGAUAAAGAAAGAGAAUUGGCAGACAGUAAAGAGCGUACUAAUAAAACAAAGGCUAAUACUAGCAAGGGAAAGAAAGCCAAACAAACUGAGACUACUCAUCAAGAAGAUGAGCAAAACAGCUCAAAUAGAUCAGAGAAAAAUAAGGAAGAUGAACAAAAAAGCUCGAAUAAAUCAGGGAAAAGUAAGAAAGAUGAACAAAAGAGCUCAAAUAAACCAGGAAAAACUAAAAAAGAUGAACAAAGGAGCUCGAAUAAAACAGGGAAAAGUAAAGAAGAUGAACCAAAGAGCUCAAAUAAAACAGUCAAAAGUAAAGAAGAUGAACCAAAGAGCUCAAAUAAACCAGGGAAUAAUAAGGAAGAUGAACAAAAAAAAUCAGGGAAAAAUAAGGAAGAUGAACAAAAGAGCUUGGAUAAACCUGAAAAAAGUACAAGACAACGUAAAAGACAAGCAUCUUCGGAUAAACUAGAUAAAUCAAAAGAAGCUAAAAAGGAAGAGCCAGUCAAGGAAAUGCCAGCUAGGCGUAUGACUCGUGCCAAGUCGAGAAAUGAGGAAACGGCCUCAACUAGUAAGGAUGCUGCCUCUAGCAAGAAUUCAAAAAGUACACAAGAUGAACAAGACGAUUUGGAUAGUAUUGCCACUCAACCAUUUGAGGAUGACGAAUUGGACAGUAUUUGCACCCAACCAUUUGUACGGGUUACACGAUGUCGCUCAAGAUCUAAACAAAGUGAAUCCCAGGAAAGUAUUACCACAAAUAAUUCAAAGCGUAAAAAUGCUCAACAAAAUAAAAGUAAAAAUGAUUCGUCAUCGUCUCAUAAUGCUUCCGUCAAUGGAAAUAUGACAACGAAGACAACAGGCGAUCAGCGAAAACGUAAAGCAGAAGCAACUCCACCUGUAGUGCCAGAGAAAAUUGAACGUAAACGUUUAAGAAGCACACGUUCCCAGGACUCUUCAGUAACAUCAAAUAACUCAUCAUCUGCAUCGUCCACAAUUUCCAUAUCCAUGACCAUGGUGGACCAGGAACUAUUCAAGAAUUUAGUACAAAAUUCUAAAGGUUUUUGGAACAUUGCAAAAAAUCCCUUAGACAGUGAAGUCUUAGUAAUGGAUAAAGCCUUUCGUACAUUCAAAUUCCUAUUGGCCAUGGCCAGAGGUAUACCCAUAGUAACUUCAGAAUAUCUAAAGAAAAUGAAUAAAUCCACAACAGGCAAAAAGGUGCGCAUAAAUGAUUAUCUAUUUGCGGAUGCAGAAUUUGAAAAGAAACACAAAUUUUCAUUGGAUAAAUCACUGCAAAUGGCUAAACAACAUAAACUUUUCAAAGGCUAUGAAUUCGUAAUGACUGCUAGUAUUUUACCAAAUCCUCAGGAAAUCAAAACUAUUAUCGAAGUCUCGGGAGGCUAUGUACAUGCCAAAACUCCGCCAGCACCCAAAGAUAAUCAACACAUAUACUUAGUAACCGCGAAAGAGGACAAAAAAGAGUGGCACAAGUAUAGACGUUUAAAUAAAAAUAUUAUAAUUGUUUCCACUGAGGCCAUUAUGUCGGCGGUAAUGAGACAAAAUUGUGAGCGCAUGACCAGCUACACGUUAUCCUAGAAAUUGUUGUUUAAUACGGGUAUUAGUUUAUAGUCUAGUUAUAACACAUACCUUCUUUAUAUUUUUUAAUGUUUAUUUUCAUAUUUUAUAUCAAAAAUUCCGUAUUUUUACUGAACCUGGAGUUCAUUCGGUCUUUAUUACUUUUUUGUAUUGUUUGUUUAUGUUUUAACUGUUUAAAAAAGAAAUCUCUUUGUGUGUAUGUACAUAAAAUAUGUUUAAUCAAAAUAAUCUUCAUGUAUUUUUUAUAUACUUAUCGUAUUUGAUGCAAUGUCGUAAUGACGAAUAUUCGUAUGUAAAUUACAAAGUUUUGUUUAUUGUUUAAAACAAAUCGAUUUCUAAAUAUGUAUGUACAUGUAAAUUCCAUGUUCUAUAAAUAAUUUGAAAUUAAAAAUAAAGCAAAUCUUAUUGGCCAUAUUUUUAUUCCUAAUAAA